UAGAUAUUUCUAAAGUGUGAUUAUAUUAUAUUUAUACUCUCCACCAAUUAUAUGCAUGCAAAAAGUAUCUUCUUCUGGAAAUAAAUGCAACCAUCCACAUCCAAAGGAGAUUCGUGUCACAGCCUUACUCUUCACGUGUCACAAUCGUCCUCAUCCUACAUGCUAAUAAUAGAAACCAAACUUAAAAAAAAAAAUCUCAAAACUUUUGAACGUACAAAACAGCAAACAAGAUCACGCCAUGUGUCCUCUCAUCUUAAAACCAAAACCCUCGCGUUCUGUUACACGUAACUCCAAAGUCGCAGCCUUAUGUGGCUACCUUUAAUCGCACCGCACCUAAUAGCCACUCCUCGCUCUCUCAUUGGUCACCACUUCCCUCGUACUUCGAGUCAUGUCGGAUUCAAACAAAACGCCACGUCUCUAUCUUUCGUCCAAUCACGUCGUUGCGCUGUUCAUCGUUUGGUCUCGCACGUGGCAAAGUUUUCUCCAAACGUGUCGACGUAA